GUGGGGGCGGGCAGAGAGCUAUUAGCUGCCCGCCGCAGACAUCAUUAGGCGGGGGAGACGCUUUCCACCGUCAGCGCCGGAGCAGAGCCGGGGAGCCCUGGCAACAAGGAGGGACACAAACUCCGCAGCAGCCCGUACACCCAACAGGAAUGGUGACAGCACCUGCAGACAGACAGACGUGGACAGACGGCGCAGGCAUCGCAGACGCUUCCCUCCCAUUGGUGGAGAGAUCCAGACUACACACCAGGAACUGUGGCUCCAGUCGGGUGACAGCUCUCAACUAAGCAGCAGGCUCAACCUACUCCGCCCAAGUGGCUCUGCCUCCUCUGCUCAGGGACUCCUGAGUCAACACAUUGCAUUCUGGGAUAGUCUGGAACCUUCUAAAUGGGCUGUACAACCUGCUGAAAACCAGGGGGGUCUGGAGGAGUUGUGUUGAAUGAGGUUUGUGCUGCGUGUGGGCAGGCUUGCUUUUGCAAGGAAAUGAUUCCGCAUGAAGUGCGACGCACUCGGCCCCCUGUCGUCCUCGGCGGCAGCAGCAGGUGUGAUGUCGUAACAUUCUCCCCCACCACACUGAGCUCACCCUUCAGACGCUAAAGACCCCUGGACCGAACAGACCGCCCUACCCCUCCCCUCUUAACCAUCCCUCCAUAUCUUCAUCUCCAUCUUUAAUCCUUCUUCACCUGCUCCUAAGGGCCUGGAUUUUCUUUGUUAUCAAGAAAAGACCUGAUAAUCAACGGCCUCGGCUGAGCUGUAUAGAGACAGAAAAAGAAACAAGAUUAGGAAGGUUAAUUAUAUAGCUAAUUAAAGUGAGACAAAGGAUAGAACAUCAAAAGUGAGAAAAAGAGAAAGGAAAGGAAAAUAGAAAGUCAGAAAUUGGGGGGGAAACAAGGAAGAGAAAGAUUGCCAAAAAAGUCUAAAAGUUGAGGAAAGAUAAAGCAAGUACAGUUGAGGGACAAGAGGCAAAAUCAUGAAGUCCAACCAGGAACGCAGUAAUGAAUGUCUGCCCCCAAAGAAGAGGGAGAUCCCCUCAAGCACUUUACCAUCUGAAAACCGUUCACUCAUCAUGCCACCAGCCAGUGACAGUCAGCGCUCAGAGAACAUGGCCUGGCUUGCCAGUGUGGCUGGGAAUGAGAGCAGCAUGGGUGGGCACCGUAGCUCCAGUCAGUCUGAUGGGCACCAUUAUAAAUCGCUGUCCUCCACAUCAGACUCUUCAACCUCCUCUUCGUCACUGAGGCUAGUCUCAUCUCUUCCCACAGUUUAUACAUCCCCCUUGUCACAAUCUACAGUUGGCGGAACUGUCCAUUACACCCAACUGCCUCCCAAUCUGCAGUUCAUAGCGUCACCUUACACUGCCCCGUACGCAGGCUACAUCUCCCCUCAACUGCUCCCCCCUCCUCCUCCACCUCCCCCCCUCUCCCUGUCAUCGUCGUCCUCCUCUAUGGCCACACAGAGACCCUCACACACAGAGACAGCCUCUGCUCCUUCGCAGGCCUCCAAGCAUGACCAGCACAAAGCGUCCACUGGGCGGACCUCCAUGCCACCGCCUUCUAUGGACCCCCCCCUUCACCAUACUCAGAUGUCAACUUCCCCACGGACUGUUCUGUCAACUCAUCACCAAGGAGGUGUUCACCUCUCUCCCCAGUCACUGCACCACCAUCAUACUUUUGGACAUGGAAUGUCCCAGGUUUUGGUGCAGUACAUGGACGGAUCCACCAGGAAUGAGGAAGGUGGCUCUAGACCCAGAGAACUCCACAAUGGAGAACUGGAAAGGGGCCGGCGGUUCGGAGCAUCCCCUGAGUUCAGCCUCUCCAAGUCGGGGAACAAAUCACGCGAUGUCAAUUCGUCUUUGACCUCUUAUGAGCACCAGCUGGUUCUACCAUCAGAAUACUCUACACAUGAUCCCUCAGGGCUGAGAACCUCUGUUAUGCUAAUGCACAACAGCCAUGGAGACCACCAGCUGGUACCACCCAGAGCCGGCCCUGAGAAGCUGACAACUUGUUCCCCCGCACACUUGGAGAAAGGUGGAAUCAUCCUGGGCAAGCCAGUCAAUCGCACAUCCUCCUCCUCCUCCAACAACACCUCCUCGUUCACGUUUCCACCACCAUUGAGUGUAGACAGUCUAAAAGCUGCUGUCAGUACACUCUCACCCCAGACCGUUAUCCAAACCACUCACAGUGCUACAGAGGCACUUUCAAUGGGGCUCCCCUCCAGCAGUAUCUACCCCCAGCCACCUAUCAUCGGUUACAUCGCAGGGGGCAGCGGAAGCCAGCAUACGUCAAUCAGCUACCACACCAGCCUACAACAACACUUACUCAUUCCUGGUGCCCAACCAGUCAUAAUCCCUGUUAGCGGAGGUGGGGUCACAACAUUGGAACCUGUAACCUCCCACGGGACAUCAUCCACCCAAGCUGCACCUUUUCCUAGCGCACUCCCACACACGUACAUUGCUGCCACUGCUCCCAAAGAACGGACUCUUGAAACCUCCAGUGGCUCGUACCACCAUGCCGCUUCAGGUGCAGUGGUCCCAGCCCAGCUUCAUCUCCCCAUUGUUUCCACGCCACCAGGUUUGGUUGCUCCUUCUGCUCCUCCUCCCCAGUCCAAUACGGUGGCGCCUCCCUCACUCCCCCCAUAUUUCAUCAAGGGCUCCAUCAUCCAGCUGGCUGACGGGGAGCUGAAACGAGUGGAGGAUCUGAAGACAGAGGACUUCAUCCAGAGUGCCGAGAUCAGCAAUGAACUGAAGAUCGACUCGUCCACGGUGGAGCGCAUCGAAAGCUGCCACACCUCACCUAACGUAGCUGUUGUUCAGUUUUCUGUUGGUGAGCACCGUGCACAGGUGAGCGUCGAGGUCUUGGUGGAGUAUCCCUUCUUCGUCUUCGGCCAGGGGUGGUCUUCGUGUUGCCCGGACCGGACCACCCAGCUUCUAGAGCUGCCUUGCACCAAGCUUUCUGUGGGCGAUGUUUGUAUUUCGCUCACUCUCAAGAACCUUAAGAAUGGAUCUCUGAAGAAGUCUCAGCCCCUGGAGCUGGCCACCCCAGCCUCUGUCCCAGCCUCUAGCCACGGGCACCUCAAACCUCCAAGGGCUGUGUCUAAUGCUCCCCAGAGCUGCAGUGGAGGAGGCUUUAGGCACAACGAGCGGGAGAAUGGUAUCAGCCAGCGGGGGAGCGGUGGAAGUGGGAAUGGGAGCGGAGGAGGGGGCCCCAAUGUGGAAAACGGGGAUGUAAUGUUUGGGGAAAGAGGGUCAGUUUCUAAAGGUCAGGCUGCCAGCAUCCCAAAAGCUGGCAGGAAGCGGAGGUGGUCUGCCCCUGAGGGUCGAAAAGUGGAGAAAUCCGAAGAGGAGCCACCUUUGACCCUGCCUAAACCUUCCUUCAUCCCUCAUGAGGUGAAAAUAAGCAUCGAGGGAAGGUCGAAUAUUGGCAAGUGAAGGCUAACAGGACCCCUGGGAUUCGGAAAAAAAAUUAUAAAAGGACUCUACAAAGAAAAAAACAUGAAUGCCCACAUUAAUGUUUCAUGUCUUGGUUUUAAAGUUUUGUUUAAAUUGUUUUCUCUUGAAUACUGUACUAUAGAGGUAAAUUUACCCUACAUGGUAUCACCUUACAUUAAGUCCAUGUAGUCUAUAACACAUUUAUAUAGGUGGAUUUCCUAUCACACAAGCAAUCAGUGCCGUUUUGGUGGUUUUCACAAGAUGACUUAUGGUGAGAGAUUUGUGAAGUGUGCUAAAUGUUGAUCGGUGGCUGUGUGGCACACGGGAGCGAUGCCGGAUGAUUCUGCUCGGCUGGCUGCACUUUACACAUUAUGUCAAUUUUCAAAUUGAAUUUGUGCUCAGUCAGCUUCUCGACAGUCUCUGAGCACUGCUAGUGACUGCAGAUGGAAACACGUCCCCACCACCUCCGGCCAUGCAAGUGGUUUCACACUGGACCACAGGAGAGAUAUAACAUCAGAUGAUCCUGAGCAUGAUAAAUCAUAAAGUUUUUAAUUUGCUAAAUCAGGGUGGGAGUCAGUGUGUAAUUCAGACUGUGUCACAGUUCAGGGGCUGCCUCCUUCUUAGGACGUGGUCUACAAGGCGUUAGGAGGUGGUCUUUGUUGUCCACGUAGACCGCAAAGGAGCCUUUGUUUCUCUGGGAUGGAAGGAUGCAUUUGUAGGAGCCUUCGAAAUGAGACGGUCUAGUCACGCUGUGCAAAUGCAGCCUCCGAAGGAAGCAGCCCUUAGAUUGAGACACAGCUUCUGUGUCACCGUCAUGUGCCAGGCCGGAUCUGUGAUGUCAUCAAGUAGCGCCAGUGUGCCACACAACAGAGAGGGAACAACACCUACUCUGUUCAGUGUGACGACGGUAGAGUCUUUACUCUCAUCUUUAGCGUUUUUUGUUUUAUUUCACUCAGUCCUCAUUGUGUUGAUGAAUUACUUUAUAUUUUUUUAAGCAGAAAGGCUGUGUGACAGGAACCGAGAGAAUCUGCACGUCAGGUCUGAGAGGGUCAGGAUGUUUCAAAGCAUUUAACACAGCUGUCACACUCACCAUACGGCCCAACAAAUUUUACUUGUCUCUUUAUUUACACAGUACUGUAUGUUUUUAGAUUUUUUUGUUGUUAUUUAGACAAGGGUAGAAAGUAGCAAACAGCACUUUGGAAAGGUGAAGCUUUAGGAAAAGUGAAGGGGUCGUUUAGUAACGUGGGAGCGGAUGUGCCAUGGGAUUACAAAAGGAAUGACAGGUGUUGGAGAAAAUUCCAGUCAGUAGAUGGUUCGAGGAAAACUUGAUGGUGGAGUUAGAUAUACGACGGUUUUUUUUUAGCAUGUGCACCACAGAAAAGUUAGGGAAAAGUAUUGGGAAUGUGUUUUGAACGGUUGAGAUCAGGCGAAAAAAAAAAAUUUAAAAAGGAAAGAGCCUUCGAAAUAUCCCAAUGAUGUUCCGUAUCAGACUGAGAGCAACGACUAGAAGCUCACGCCACAGAAUCUUUGAAGGGUGUCAUAUAUUUGUAAUCUAUGUGUGUAUGCUAGAGUGUGCAUGAUGCUGGUCUGUGUCUGUCCAUACACACACACACACACGCGCAAACACAGAACAUCUCUAAAACUUAAUGACCUACAAUAAUUCUUUAUUUGUUGUGAAGCAGUUAUAUAAAGGCUGAUUUUGUCCCUACUGCAAAAACACUAGUGGACUGAUAUUGAAUGGAUGCACACUGCAAACAUUACAGAUGUUUAAAAAAGUGUUUGUGUACAUGUGUGAGUGUCUGUAUGAGUAUAUGUAUACUGUGUAUAGGAAGAGGACAUACUCAUUUGAUGUAUAGACAAUACUAAAUGUCCAGUGUUUCUACUUGGAGUCUUUUACUUAAGAGAAUAUUGCGAUUUGCACAUCAGGAGGAGGGAGUUCGGUGGAGACAUGAUUUUUUUGUUGUUUUUGUUUUGAUGGCCCUGUCCUGAAAGGAGCCCUAGACUGUGCAACACACUGGAGGAGACAAGGUUUUUUUGUUUUGUUCUUCAACAGGCACUUACCACAUAUUCGAGGAAAAAGGUUUCUGCAUCAGUUAAGGUCAAAUUACUUUGGAGUUUUUAGAUAUAAAGCAGAUUUUCAACACGUGCCUGCCUACUGAAUUUGUUUGAAGAUGACGCAAUCUGUCUCAAGGAGACUCUCGCCCUGCUGUGGACACAAACGUGUCCAGAGUAUGGGGACAACGGUUCUGUUUUGAACACGGCCUGUUCUUGUAGUCAGCUGAAAUCCUGUUUUGCUCAGAUGUAGCAGUUACCUCAACAGAUGUGCUUGCUGGGUUGACCCAACGUUCAGAGCUCUGUUCAAAUCCUGUUCUUUAUUGGAAAUUGAGUUUUGAAGUGUAAUGAGAAGUGUUUACUAAUCCUUUGGCAGUAAAGUGUAAUUCAAAUGAUAUUUUCAUUCCAACAUUUGAGAAAAACAAAAGGUAAGUGGCAGAUUUAUAAAGUGUCAGUGAUGGACACAUACAGGGGCGGAUACAGGGUCGUAAAUAAAGAGGGCACUGGCCCUUGCUGAAAUCUGAUUGGCCCCUUAAUUGAGCCUGUUCUAUUUAUUUUUUUGCAUGAUGUGCUUGAACAAGGAACAAUUUUCUUUGCUCAAACAGGCUGACAGUAAACUAGAAAUGACUUAAAUGUGCACCUUACUGAAUCAGGAAUGUUGCAUGGGUGUUGGACAUAGAAUCGGCCCCUCUGAGUAAAUCGCACACUACGAUCGUGCACUGCAGUCAUGUUAGCAUGCACAGGUAGCUGUCACAAUAGGGAUGUGGAGGAGUUCCUGCAGGCAUAUCUGUUGAGUUUUCUAUUCGGCCUCUGUAUUAGGACGUGUUUCAUUGGCAGUGUCAUAAUUAACCUCUUAAGAAGUGGAUCAGUCGUAUUUUCAUCCCAUUGAUAAAAGAGUCGGAGGCUAAGUGACUGGUGGUGGGGGGUUUACCAGGGUGAUGGCAGGAUCGACGUGUGUUCACAUGGAUGAGAGAUGGAUGUGUAGGUGGAUGAGUAAAUGGGCCGAUGGAUGGCGAUGGUGAGUGAAUGAGAUUUGAAAUACUUUAUUUUCUUUAUAAUUAACAAGGUUUGUCAGAUUAACACCGCCACAGUCGUGCAUUUUCAUUUCUUCCUUUUCCUAUUGACACAUCACAAUCAGUAGUAGUAGUGCGCGCGUGCAUGUUUUGCAAUGUGUGUGUGAGCGGGGCUGUGUUUUUUUAAAUGUACGUACUUGUCCUUUUUCUUCGUCCACCCCCCUCCUCCCAAGGAAUGAUAAAUCAAACAUACAAAAAAACCUGUCAACCACUCGAUCCAUCCAAACUUUCACAGUCGGUCAGGUAAAGAUAACAAAAAGACAUUUUGCAGCCAAAGCCAAGUGAUGCCGUCGUUGCUUUGGUUAAUUAAGAAAGCAAUAGUCUCUCCUUGUGUGUGUGAGUGGAACUCACACACAGACGCUCUGCAAUAAACAACAACAAUAAUAAUCAUCAAGUAUCACAACAGAAAAUACAAAACCAUAAAAUACAAUUCUGUCAUGUACAAAACAACGUUUUUUAGGGGCUAAUACACCUGAAACCACUCGUUUCAGAUUUUCACUCAAGUUCUUUAAAAAUUGCAGUUGCAACACCAGUUGCUAGUUUUUCAGGGAAACGUCUCAUAUAUGCAGUAACUCAACACAACCCCCAGAACCUCCACUGUCCCGGCUGCUCAGAGUCCUAAACUCUGCAGGGGAUCACGUGCACCUGAAGUAACCGGUCGUCAUUCUGACUCGACCCAGGUGCCGUUGCCACGACUCCCGUAGUGACCUCGUAAAGCUUGUUUCAGGUACCCAGUCGUAGCCAGCCAGCCUCCUCACAAGCACCUCCUCCUGAGGCGGAGCAAUCGAAUAACCCUCAACAACCGAUAGCUACCUGUCAGUGUGGCCUGCACUGCCUGCCUCCCCCCCUCCCCCAUGCUCAUAACAUCAUAUUUUUGAUAUUCGGCCUCCUUCUCACUGCUCAGCUCAUCCAGGUCAUUGUGUUUAUACUUCAGUGGAAAUGCAUGCCUAAUAAUAGACUUUAAAGCAAACUGACACGUCGGAGAGGGAACGUCACCUUGUAGCAACAGCUCCUGAGGGUUUGUUGUGGUUUUAGUUUUCGUCAAAAUAAUCCCAAAUUGAACCUUUUGAUCCCCCUGACAUGUACCAUGAUGUGCAAUACUUACAUUUUGUUGUUUUCUCCCCUUUGCUGUGCCAAGUGUAUGUAGCAUAGUCCUACUCCAGUGUCUCAUCAUGUUAAUGGCUUGUGUAUUUCACUGUGUGCUGAUGUGUGUGUGUGUGUGUGCGUCUGUAAAACAUAUCGGGAUGUUUGUGAACAGAAAGUAAUGGAGAGUUUGCCCAUUUCUUCUAUUUUGUUGUUGUCAUUGCAGCCUUCCUAAUUUUGAGUUUGUGAGAAACCAUGUUAUGGCAUUUGUAUGUGUGUGUGUCUGCACCAUGUGUGUAGUAUGCGUGCUUACGUUCACCUGGUGUUCAGUUGUGUAUGAGUGCGUUAGAGUGCAUGUAACUGAGUUGUUUUCUCCUCUAACUGUGCGAUCACAAACCCUGACCUUCGAUGGUUUGUGGUAAGACCCACAGAAAAAAAAGAAACCUCAUCACUAGUGGGGACCACUUUUUUUUGGUAAAAAAAAUAGAAAAAAAGAGUAAAAAGAAAAAAGAAUUUUGAAAAAAACUACCAACCAACAGAGAUGCACAUGUAAGUAGAUGUAAAAGACUUGAUAAUGUUUCAGCACUUUCUAAUCCUAGGAUGGGCUUGGUCUAACCCCUCUGUCUCAGACCGAUACCCUCCCCUAGGGGUAACAUUCAUUCAAAACAGACAGAGAGAAUGAGAGCAGGGGGGAAAGGGGGUGAAUAAGGUUGAAAAGAGAGAGAGAGGUGGCUCAGUUUAAGUUUUUUGCACAUCACCUUGCCGUAACCUUGUGUUUAUCUGUCUGUGCUCCAUCUCACUUGGCGCCCGGCGCGUUCUUGGGUCCAACGGGCCGAGGUGUUAGGUGAACCCUUGGUUCUUUUCUUUUUAGGAAAACCUUCUUCUCAUGGAAUGCAUCCCUUCUUGUUGUUUGGAGUCUUUUUUUUUCGCCCGGUACCGACCAGGCUGUGCUGUUAUUAGUUGUUUUGUUCCCGUUUGGAGUUUUAAUUUGGCGGAUUUCUUUGUCAGGAGCUCGGUGCAGCUUGGUUCGGUGGCGCAGUGUGAAAAAUGCAGCAUUCAAAACUUUAGCUUUUUUUUUUUUUUUUGCAUUAUCCUUGGUGCAGGAGCUUUUUUGUGUUUUGGGUCUCCUUGUAGCACUCACUAUAAUGUCAGGGGACUUAAAACUACAUGUAGAGAAUGUGUCAUUGUUGAGUUUUUAUGACAAGCCUCCUCAUUGGAGGAACACUGCUAAUGUCUUUUUUUUUAAUUGGCUUCUUCUUGCACAACUUGACAAAUAAAAUGAAUGUUGGUGUGUGAGCUUUUGACUUUUCGAUCAGAAAAAAGGCAUGUGUGCUCUUUGAUGUUUCUACUUUCAUUUUGCAAAAAAAGGACGUGUUCUUGGCACUUUGUCGUGUUUUAAAAGUGAACAGAAUUCAAUCAGGAUUCCUUUUUUUUUUUUUUUUCAUUCUUUGUUUUUCUCUUUUUUUUGUAUGAUGUCUCGUCGAUGUCCAUAGCGCUGGAUAACCAACUCAGGCAGAAAGAAAACAAACUUGUAGAGGCCCACGUAACAGUUUAGUUUCACCCCGAUCAAUUUACAUAGUGGGCUGUUUGAUAUGGGUUAUAAAAUAUGUAAAUUUAUUACAUAUGAUUUGAUAUAAUUAACAAAUGUCAUUAUUGACAGUUAACUAUGAAUUAUUAUUAAUAUGAUAUUAUGUGUAUUAUGCUGGAGAUGGCUCGGUUGUCUCUUCGGUGUACUGAACGUCUGCCUCUCUCUGCAAGGCAACAAACACUUCAGUGUGGGGAGGGGCCGUACGUGACCUCUGACCCUGCCAACUGCCACGGAGGGGGUGGAGCUUAUCCUUCAGCUGUGGCUCAGUUGACUCCUCCCCCCUGUUUCUGAACACGCAGCCCCGAGGCCGGCGACCAGACUGUUGACAUGUGUCUCUGCUCACCUGUCACACCGAGAACUGAACUGACACUUUGUGGCCCAUUGAGACUGUGGCAGAGAACGUCAGCACAGACCUGCACGGACACGGUCUGGCCUGCAGGGGGCUGCAGCAGUUCCCAGCCAACUUGUUUGUACUAUAUUGUACUCACCAAGUCCCUGUGUCUCACCACCCCCCCUUUCCUCUAUAGCAAUGGAGAAACCCUGUUGGUGUAUGUAUUUGACAACUGUACAAAUGCACCUCUUUGAAAAAGAAAAUGAAACCUUGACAUAUCUGGAAUAAAUGAGCAAUUUGUGUCUUUA